AUGUCGGUCAAAUUCGAGAAGGAGACGACGACCAAGACGACAGCCGCUGUUGCCGACGCUCUGGAAGGAAAGGAUGGAGUGAUGCACAAUCUCGGGCAGGCUCUGACCAAAGGCGGCGGUCCCAAUGGAUACCUCGCUGCAUACCUCAAGCAGCUGCAGAGCAACCCGUUGCGCACCAAGAUGCUAACUUCGGGUACUCUGUCUGGUCUCCAAGAGUUCCUGGCCUCGUGGAUCGCCCACGACAGGAGCAAGUCGGGUCAUUACUUCACCUCGCGUGUCCCCAAGAUGGCUAUCUACGGUGCCUUGAUCAGCGCGCCCCUUGGACACGUCUUGAUUAGCGCCCUCCAGAAGGUCUUCCAGGGGCGCAAGAGCUUGAAGGCAAAGAUCUUGCAGAUUCUCUUCAGCAACUUGCUUAUCUCGCCCAUCCAGAACAGUGUGUACCUCGUCUCCAUGGCCCUCAUCGCAGGCGCUCGUACCUUCCACCAAGUCAAGGCGACGGUCAAGGCUGGUUUCUGGCCUGUCAUGAAGGUCAGCUGGAUCGUCUCGCCCAUCUCUUUGGCAUUCGCUCAGCAGUUCCUGCCUGAGACCACCUGGGUGCCCUUCUUCAACAUUGUCGGUUUCAUCAUCGGCACAUACAUCAACGCGCAUACCAAGAAGAAGAGGUUAGCUGCUCUCAGGCGAAAGCACUACGGUGACGGCAGCGGCAGGAGUCAGGGUCCGGGUUCGCGCCCUAGUUCGCGCCCUGGCUCGCGUCCCGGCUCCGUCAGUGGAAGGCCUGUCGACGAGUAUGGCCGUCCCGACGACCGCCCACGCUACUAA